AAAAUAUAGAAAAUUAUAACAGUAUGAAAAAUAGUGAUUUUUUACAUCGAAAUAAUAAACUUUUUGUUUACAAAAUAUUAAACAUUUUGUAAACUUCAAGAGUCAUUUACAUGUAGUAGUGAGGCAGUCGUAGACGGGAUAGUUCGUAUUCGUCAAGUAUCAAUUUUGGAAAAUUAGGUGACAAACUAGUCCAUUUAGAAUCAGUUUUCAUAAGAAGAAACUGCUAGAAGAGAGGAUAUAUUGUCAAGAUAACAUGUCGGUGUGGUGGCAUGACAAUAUCCAAGGAAAAGUCGAUGGAAAGAGGAGCAGAGGCAACAUUUGGUCCAAUUAAGUGCCAGAUCAGUUUAAGUAAAAAGCAAAACAUGCUACGAAAAAACAAGUAGAUCAGUUAGAUAAUUUAUUAAUAAAUUCGGGAUGGAAAAAUUUAAAUAUGGUAGACAUUAUAAAAUAUAAAGGGAAAACUUAUUUCCUUAAACAUUUAAUUAAAACACCUACAAAUCGCUGUCAAUAUAACACAAAGGUACGAGCUUUGACAAUAUUUCUUGGAUGCACAUAUGCAAAAGUUAUGAAUAAUCUUUUUUCAAUAAUUAUAAACUACCUACAGUUUUUUAAAAAUAAUAAGAUAGAAAGAAAUGAUUCAAUAAAUGUAUGCAAUUAUACCGAAGGAUUCAUAAACAUUAUUGUUCAAUUAGCAACAUUGAUGAAAGGUGCAUUGGAUGCUUUAGAUUCAAUAAAUAAUUUUCCAUGGGCUGAUUUUAAAGAAAAUAGCUACAUUCGCUACAUAAUGAGUCCUUUGUUGGAGAGAAUAGGAGAUAUUUUGGACAAAUUAAACGAACGAACACUAUCCCGUAAUGAUAUAUCUACAUACACUCGGGCAUUUGACACUAUAUAUUUAUUUUCUAAUAGUAUAGUAAUCGAUUUAAAAAAUGAAACUUAUUCAUAUUGUGAAUUUGUACCUUAUAAUCAGAACUAUUUAUGGGAAGAAUGGAUUCAAGAAUACAAAGCUAUAAUUAAACACGACGAAAAAUUAGUAUUUUUUAAUUUUUUAACCACAAAAUUUAAAGAUUAUAUAAAGACUGUAAUUCAAGAAAAUUAUUUUCAACUGGGAUUUAAAUUUGAUUCAUUUACUGAAGAAACAUUUUUACCAAAAUCAGGGGAGCAAUAUAUACAAGAUUUGGAAUUUAAAGCAACAGUUGAUGAAUUUCAAAGGCGAAUACAAAUAAAAAUUCUGUAAAUGUUGUAAUCAAAUUAAUUUUUUUUAGAUUUAUUUUAUAUAAUUUAUCUCAAUUUACAUUAUUAUUUAGUAAUUCUUUAAAUUAUUAUUUAAAUAUAAAAAUAUGUAUUAUACAAUUAUAUUUUUGUCGCACAAACCGAGAAGUUUAAUAUAAUAGUAAUAUUAACAAUUAUAAAAAUUUUUAUUUUUUAAUUUUUAAUUAAAAUUUACUCCUCCCUUCACUUAUGACGGUUCAGUAAACUGACCCAGUGUCAUAACUUUAAUAUUAUCUAACAUCAUAAGUUUUUCUUUUGUUUGUUUAAUGACGAAAACUCUGAAUUAGUUAAAAAAAUAGAACACAUCAAUGUCUAUGUAAGACAAAUAUACGAUCUUUGACUAUAUUACUU